AUGAAGUUUUUUGACCAAAAUCUCAUAAAUCAUAUAGAAUUGGAAAGGUUGAUAUCUAUUGUGCUGAAUUAUGGCUUUGAAGUUAUGAAAAUUAUGAGAAGUUGUAUGAAGAAAAUGAGAAACAUCAGAAUUUUAUUUUUAUAUCAGGCUGAGUUCUUAUCAGAAAAAUUAAUUUAUGAUCAGAUUCAAAUCAAUUUAAAUCAGAAAUAUUGAGAUUUUAUCAGAAAUUAUUGGGAGAGCCUCUUAAAAGGCAUAGUAAUCUUAGUAUUAAAUCUUAAAUCAAAUCAUAUUAUAUUAUAUAUAAUGCUGGUAACUUUUUUAAAAUAA